AUGGAUCCUUCCCACGUUGGCUUCCCACCGCAACACAUUUCGCAAGCGCCAUUCGUCUCUUCUGUCGGCGCUUCUGUCGGCAUGGAGAUGAACAACAUGAACAAUAUGAACACCAUGAACGACAUGAACGACAUGAAAACCAUGGACAACAUGAACAGUACUAACAGCAUGAUCACCAUGAGCAGCAUGAAUGUCAUGGGCUUAGAGAGGGGCUUGGAAGUAGGCUAUACUUGCCCUCGCUGCUCCUGGGGAAAGCGUGAGCAUAGUACCAGAUUAAUGAGCUUGUCAACUCUCCAGAAGCACGCCCAGACUGUGCACCAUGUGCAACCUCAUGCGAUGGAAAAGUUUGGUGAGUUCAAUAACAGUGACUCAAGUUCCCAUACUAAUAGUCAUGUAGUGAGUGAAGCAAACCGACAAGAGAGACGACCUUCAGCUCCACAAACACCUGUUCCAGCACUUCAACCCUAUGCUCCUCCUCCACAAAUCAAUGCCUCUGGAGCGAUGGGCAUUCAACAACACCAACAACACCAACAACACCAACAAUACAACACAGGUCCAUCCCCUCAACAUCACGUCGCUUCACCACACAUCAGCCAGGCACCUCGCUAUAUGAACCCAGCUGUCCCUCAAGGAUUUGUCGUUCAUACUACAGACGGUACGAAUAUACCACAGGUGCCAGCAGAAAUUCUAGAGAAGAUACCACCUAAUUAUCAACUUGUUGUCCAACAGCUGGAGCCAAAUCAAAUGGCCUCCCGGCCACCGCAGUUUCCCCCAUCUUCACAAGCACCUGCAGGUCAAGUAAAUCAAAACCCGGGUCAAUACUGGGGCCCAGCACAAGUCUCUAGAAGCCAUCUAGUACAAAUGCCAACCAGCUUUCAACAUACUACUGCGCCACCACUGGGUUACAUGACACAAGCAAAUACAUUACCUAUUAGCACACAAGGACCUGGUGGCUGUAAUUUUCAACCUCCAAACCAGCCUCAAGGACUUGCUCAAACUACGCUGAGCCAGCAAGCUAUACCAAACUAUCCACACUUGUCUAUAGAAUCAAACGCAAAAGUGGAAAAUGUACGCCAACUUAUGGAUCAAUUUCAUCAUGCUUGCGAGACCCGAGGUCACAUCAAUGCAGCUGAUAAUCCCGUUAUUUACAACGGCAUAACAUAUGCGGAAGUCAAACAUUUCGAAAAAUAUUGGAUGAAAUUCGAUCCACAUGAGAAGAUGGCUCUCCAGAACAGACUUCCCUAUGUGUAUGAAGCGAUGCUACGUCAGCGUUCUCGUCCAAACGGUCAACCUGGCGUACCCCCUCAAAGACAAGUGUCGUCUCCAGUGCAAUACGCGGUGAAUAAUACGGCUAAUAUCACUCAACCGAUCAAUGUAAUUAGCACCAACUACCAUAAUCCGCCCACCUCCAUCAAACAAGGCCCAGGGACACCAGUCCAACAAUCUCCUCUUCAAAAGCCCGUUGAUCCAAACGCCCCACCUCAAAACACCAACGCAGAUAGACCCAUGCCAUCAGGCUCUGGUGCUCGCGGUCCAGGUAAUCCAAAGAUGAACCCAAAUUAUGAUGUUCAGAACAUGCUUCGCAAAAGAUCCUUGAGUUUCCAGAACCAACCAAACGCCACAAACCCUCAAACCCAGCCUGCUUAUAGAUCAGAUCUCCAAACCUCACGCGGGUUACUUCGUGUUAAUGAGAGCGGUUCUCAAGGUCCUCUUGUUUCCAACGUGCAAACAGUCUCGCCAACGCUGGAGUCCAUCAAUCCUGCCCCAGUCAAUAUGCAAAAUACAAACCCCCACAAAGGAAAAACAAACCAAGACUUUAAUCCAAAUGCUGGAUUCACCUCAUCAGCUCAAGCCCACAAAGUCUGCACCGGAAAUUCUGCCAAUCCCACAACUCCUUCGAUUGGAAGUAUAUCGACAACUCGUUCGGGGCCUGAUGGGUAUAUCAACACCCAGAAUCCCCAAACAGGCCAAAGCGGAGGCACCCAAAAUGUACAGUCGAUGUCACAAAUAUGCUCUGGGACUGAGAGCUUGAAAGCAAACGCUACUUUGGCGAGAAAACGACAAUUUGGGAGUUAUCAAGAGAAUAGUGAAUCCACAGCUUCGGAGGACGCGACCGUCAAAAAACCGAGAUUAUCAAGUUCCAUAAAUCCUGGAUCCAUUCCACAAACCCCGGGCAGCAGCCAGAGAUCUGGAGGCUUAGGGCCAAACCUUUCAGCCAACACUACUAGACAUGUACUUGCAGGGCCAUCGCGAGUCAACAGCAUGUCCUCUCCAGCGCGGCCUAACAGUCAACAGCUGCCCAAUAAGUCAAGAGCACAGCCGCCUGCCCAUAAUUUGGGAGACGAGCAAUAUCGGCAGUUCCUCAAGCAAGCUCACCCAACCUGCGGGGUAGACAGUUUUUGGUCGUAUGAAGAGUUCCGCCGUGGACUUCGUGCUCCGGGAAAAUCCUUGAAUAAUUUAAAGCGGAUGUUUCAAGCUCAUUUUAUGGUAGAGCACCAGGACAAAUUGAAAGCUUAUGGCCUUUGUCCCUCCUUCGAUGCGCUUAUUGACCUUUCGAAAAUGGACCAACUGCAAACAAAGACGUACAAGGAGACCUGGGCUGUGGAACUGACGAGUUUGAUGGUCGCUCGAUUAGCAAAAGUGGAGCAAAUGAAGAGAAAUGUUCAUCAAGCAGAUUUACAAAGAGAGUUGAACAGAAGAGAGGAAGAAAGGGUCGCAGAAGAGGAAAGAAAGCUAGCAGUAUAUGCCAAAAGGAACGCAGAAUAUGAGAGGCACGUAGAGGCAGAGAAGCAGAAGGCGAAGGAAGAGCGUAGGAGGAAAGAUGAGAUUUUCAAGAGGGCAGAAGAGGAGAGAAAGAAGAAACGUCUCAAUGAGAUGAAGGAGCGAGUACCGGAGAAGAAAGCCCUUUACGGGAUGCUCAAAGCGUCCACGGUUGGUUGCGAUCCUAUAUUCCAGCUCCCAGAUGAGCGAGAAUUUGUAAAGGAUGAAUUGAAGGAGUGCUUUGAGGCAUUCUUCCAUAUCGAGAGUAUUACGGCAGAGGGCUGGGAAUUCAUUAAUCCUUCUGAUCCUCAUCCUAUCUAUCGACUGGAUUGA